UGUUUUUGCAAAAAAAAUUCGAUCCUUCUUCGCUUCGAGAAAUCUCGGGCCAAGAAAAUUUGAAUCACUAAGCAAGAAGAGAAAACGAUCGCGUUUCAAUUAGUGCGAGAUCACAUGGCAAACACGCGGAGCCAUUGCUCAUCGGGAACAGUGAAUUAAGCCACAGAGCGUUGAUUGUGCGUUGUUUUUCCACGGCUUCGUGCGAUGAAGAAAGAGGAACCUCGAAACAGAAAGAUGCGAGAUGAUUUCAUAGUGCUGAUCGCAGGGAUACUGCGCUUGAGUCACAUAGCGCCGUGAGCGACGGCAAGUAAAGAUUCAACUAGGGAAGAGCUGGCUCAGCAAGGUCAUCUGGCACUCUACAGAGAAAAGCUUUCAUACGGUGUCCUUCACGAAACGAGUCACGAUGCAUCAAAAACAGUACAUUUCAUCACACGGAGGGUCCUAACACCACGAGGAAGCAGGCUGUCGCGCAAGUACACACCAAUCAGCGCACAAGAUUAUCAACCACAGAUAAGCAACUACCGCCAUCGGUUAGCCAAAGAGUGGAAACCAGCCAUCAUCUGUAGGCUGCGUGGUUACCUUUAGCAGUAUCAAAAGGUUUUAUACGCCCACCGGUCAGCAAAAUGGGGGAUGGUGGACCUGGCGGGCCAUUCCUACGUACCAUCGAGUGGGAUAUGAUGGAUAAGCGUAAAUUCUUUCCACUAUCGAUGCUGAGCUCGUUUUCGGUUCGCUGUGCCCUCUAUCCGCUCACAGUGAUCAAAACCCAGCUACAAGUGCAAUUCCGGAACGAUGUCUACAAAGGAAUGAUCGAUGCUGGAAUCAAAAUCUAUCGCAACGAGGGUGUACCAGGACUGUACCGUGGUUUUUGGAUUUCCUCAGUUCAGAUCGUGAGCGGUGUGUUCUACAUCAGCACGUACGAAGGCGUGCGACACGUGCUCAGCCAAUACGGAGCGAAUCAGCGGGCCAAAUCGCUAGUUGCAGGAGGAUGCGCUUCACUCGUCGGACAGACCAUCAUCGUACCUUUCGACGUUAUUUCGCAGCACGCAAUGGUACUAGGAAUGGGUGCACAUGGCGGUAAGAAUGGUGCCGUUAACCCGCUUGGCAUUAACUUUGACAAGGGUAGCAGUCGAUUACGGAUUACACGAGAUAUUGCCCGAGAAAUUUUACGCCGAGAUGGGUUUGGAGGUUUCUAUCGCGGCUACACUGCUAGCCUGAUGGCCUACGUACCAAACUCAGCCAUGUGGUGGGCUUUUUACCAUCUGUAUCAGGACGAGUUGCUAAAGAUAGUACCACCGUGGGUUUCCCAUCUAUUCGUGCAGUGCGUGGCCGGUAGUUUCGGAGGCUUCACGACUACUAUCAUCACCAAUCCUUUAGACAUUGUUCGGGCACGGUUGCAGGUGCAGCGACUUGACUCAAUGAGCGUCGCUUUCCGCGAGCUGUGGCACGAGGAACACUUUCACAUGUUCUUCAAAGGGUUAACGGCCCGGUUGGUGCAAUCGGCCGCAUUUUCCUUCAGUAUCAUACUCGGGUACGAAACCAUCAAGCGGGUCUCCGUGAACGAGCAAUACAGGCAUCUAAUUCGAUGGUAAGAGCAGAGCAGAGCUCACCUAUUGGAAGCGUUUUCGAUUACUUUAUCGAACAAAUCAUAGGAACACAUCAUCAUAGAAGAAUUUCUGUUCACCAGUAUGUCUAUCUCAAUUGUAAGUAAAAUGUGUAAAAUGAUUAAGUAUAAUGUUAUAAAUGUAAACUGUUUCUCCCCAAAAAUCACAUGAACAAUAAUGAGUUAGGGUAAGGUUGGUUAUGUAUAGCUGCGACUGCCAAGAGACGAUCAGAUUGAUUGAUAGUGUACGUUAGUAUAUAAAUGUACGUGCAAUAUUAUAUCGAAUGCAAGGAAUUUCUAGAAACAUAAUUGCCAACUGUUAUUUCCGCUUCUUUGUAACGAAAAUUGGAUCGUACCUUCGUAAAAGUUACAGUUAGAUGAAUAUCUACUUUCUAUUUUAUGUACUUGCAAAUUCGAUUUUAAAAAACGAAGGAUAUUAUAUACCUUUCUGCAGAAAAGCACCAAACUGGAUUUAGUGCGUACCCUUUUGUAAACAAUGUUAUAAAUCCUUGUGUAGACCAGCCACCCGUUCCGUUGUUAUUAGCACAGCUUUACACACUAUACCACCAUUUGCGGCUACGUGCUUUAAAAGCCGGCAAUAUGAGGUACCAUUGGACCAGUUUAUACUAUCAUCUCGCGAACUAUUUUAUGUUGUUAUAGGUAUCAGCGAUGAAAGAAUGGUAAACAAAUGUUUAACCCUUUUAUCGUGUUAUGUCGCCUUAGAGUGGAUCGAGACAAGUAAUUCUAUGUAAGAGGCAGAAUAAAACCAAACCAAGCCAGCUUUGAUAAAGCUCAUGUUGAAAAUUAUUAAUGAAAAAUUUACCUAUGCCGUAAUAUUUUGAGUUUUGGUAGAAAGAAUUUAAUCAAUCAAGAAUUAAAUGCAAAAACAGUAAUAACUCUUUACAUUGUGUUGCAACUUUUUCAGCUAACCUCACAAUAAUGUGUCACCAUUGACACACAACUUACAAAGCGAAGCUAUGGAGUUAAGUGAGUAUAAAAUGAAAAUCACAUGCUAAUGUUAUCACUAUGUUUUAGUAUAACCAGAGAAAGCAACAAAUCGGUUGUUAACUACUUUGAAACAUUUUUUUCUGGCUAGCUCAUGAAAGCCACAUCUGAUGUUCACAUCAAAUUUAGAAAACAGUCUACAAUCGAUUACCUUUAUUCAAGUCUGCGGCAUCAGUCAUUUGUUUAGCUAUUAAUAAGGUCAAUUUCGCGUAACGUUCUUCAAGCUCACGGUAUAAGUUAGUCGAGAAGAUGAAUCGACAAAAAGAAAUCAUAAAUAAGAAAAACUCACGACAGAUAUCAAACUCAACCUCUAGAACAAAAGCAACAUAAAACACCGAUUAGACCAUGAUUCACGAAAUUCUCGCACAAAAUAGGUCACAGAUCGAAACGAAAGAAUGACCCACAAAGUAAGGGUAGAAAAUGUGGGUAAGAUUUACGAAAGUGGAUCAACGCUUGCUUUCAAGAUCUUUGAGACUGGUUGACGGAGAUGAUCGCUAGUGUUUUUUGUCGUGGACGGGGUUGGGGACAAUGAAUCUCUCACGGAUUUUCCAGCACAGCACGAAAUGUAUUUUGCUCCGACUAGCCCAACUUCCCAGGUCCCACAGAUUAACGUGGAAUGAGAUCAGAAGGUCAUGAGGGCGGCAGUGUCAGUUUUAUGAGAUGAUCUUGAGCAAAAGAAGGGGGGAGGAGCGGGGGGGGGGCUGCUGCAAGCGUGCAAAUGGCGAGGAAUUUUGCCGCAAUUCUUGUUUAAGUAACUGUUAAAUAACAUUCAGUAGUAGUGUAUUUUCACUACAAGUUAAGCAUCAUGAGUAUCGUCCACGUUAUCGUAGACGAUGAACGCAUUUUCUUAAUGUUCUAAUUCCCAACUAUUUAUUUCUUCCAGCGUUAAUUGUUUGUGGAUGUGUUAGAGGGAGAGUUGCGCGAUUUCGGUGUUCAAUUACAGCACAAACCAUCCAAAUUAAGGUUUUGAAAAUGACUCAGUCUUAGUUCAAAACAAUGCUCCGAGAUGGCCGUCUACUAUUUAUAGGGUGGAAAUCUGCACUACUACAAACCAGUGUGGGCCAUCGCCAGAACAAUACCCCUAACGUCAAUUUCUCACUCACGGUAACUCUCAUACAUAUUGCCACCCCUAUGGCGCAGUCUUCUGCAGAAUUGGUUUGUCUAACCAACCAUUACUACGAACAAUUCUACUAUAUUGAAGUGAAGAAACAAUACAAUACAUUGCUAAAGAACGACGUAUACAAGUUUUAGAUUGAGAAUCGUACAGCUUCCAACACCUGUACAGUAACCGGUAGAUACGUCUAUCGUAAGUUCUGCUAUUUCGGGUUAAUGCAACAAAUGAAACUUACGAGCACGCCCAUUGGCCAUUGGAGCAAAGAAAAAGUAAGAUUUAAAGAUUGUUAAAUGGGACCCAUAAAAAUCCAAUUCUAGUUGACAAUUAUCGAUCCAUUGGUAGAGAACGGUGAUAUGAAUGCCGACGGUAUGGUAACAACUUGAAUAAAUGCAUAAGUGUACCUCAUCCAGCGAAUACUAUUGUCUAACAUUGUAUUAUGCCAACAUUACUCCUUUGAUUUAUAAUAUGUUUGUUUAACGAAUUCCAAGCUGAAUAGCAGUCUUCGUUAAUAGUUUGAUCGAGCCGCCAUAGAAGAGUAGAGUUUGCUAAUUCAAGUGGCUUUGACUGUUUCAGCACUAACUGAUGGCCAAUAUUCAAUGAUACCAACAAUUAGCACAAACAGAAUACGGAAUACGUAAAUUCUAAUUUACAUAUUUAAUUAGUUCGCCUCAUUCGCCUGGGAAGGUGUAGAAAUCGCGCAGUGACAUCCGUUUAUUACAGUGGGAAUAGAGAGAUUUUGAGCUUUUUUGAUUUUGUUCAAACUGACGGAGGUGAACAUUUUCUCGCUAGAAGGUUAACGAAAUUCACGGUACAAAAAUUAAUGGUACUUCGGGAUACUUAGACACAUUUUCUACCGCCCAAAGACAGAAUUGGGAUGUAAAAAUGUAAAUGUAAAUAGUUCGUUACGACAUCACGAUUGGUAACAACAUUUUUAUGUAAAUAUUAUUUUCAAUUUAUAUUUACACAUUCACUUGAUGGUUUACUAAUUAAAAGGAGCUUACUUAUCUGUAGACUUAUCGUAUUUAUUGAAUGUAUGCGAAAGAUUUGAUAACAUUUUCGAAUUGUUCUAGAAUAAGCGAACAGUUAAACUCACACUAUUUCAUUCACUUUUUGCCUGCAAUGAUCAAACUGCAACAAACUGGUUUCAGAUGCAACUAACCUCCAGAGACCGAGGAACCUUCCUUGCAUCGGCAUGUACGGAGUGUUUCGUACGAAAGACAUUAAAUUGUCUCGAACGGUCCAAU